UGUCACAAGAUCAUGUUGUGUCUCGUACAUCAGGCUCUGCAUGUACGGGGCCAGGUUACUGGGCCUCCACGUCCAAAGUUUCAUCCAAAUACUCACCGACAACAUUAGUGCAGUGUGCCGGGGCGCCAUCAUGCUAGAACCACAUUUCACGUCGGACUUCCAAAGGCACCACUUCCAGCAGCUCGGGAUAAAUUGCUUUCCAAAUUGGAAGAAAAUGAGCCAGAACUUGCCACGUCACAAGAAGAUGAGUGCGUGAUAUGUGUGAACGCCAAAGCGACCAUGCAGACAUCCCCUUGUGGCCACCGGGUCGUGUGCCGAAAAUGCUUCGUGAAGACGAUCCAGAUGGCAGUGUCGCAGCGUCUGCUGCCCCUCCGCUGUGUCAUCUGCCGCGCCAAGAUCCUCCGACUGAAACAGAGUGGGGCGACGGCAGGAGGUGUCCUUUUACCGACGUCAGCUUCGCACUACUCUGUGGGCAGCAAGUCGUGGGUCGUCCCUAACUCGGCUUCCACUUAUACCAUGGGGACAAGUAAAUGGGUAGUUCCUGGUUCCGCGUCCAGCUACUCAGUGGGCAAGACGUGGGUAGUCCCAAACUCGGCGUCUCAGUACUCCAUGGGCAGCAACGGCUCUGUGCCUAACUCGGCGUCCCUCUACUCCAUGACGUCCGGAUCUUCUUCCCUUUCGGGUGUGUCUUCCGUGAGCUCUGCAACCAAUGGCAGUCAGGGCUCAAACAAGUCGGGGAAAUGUACUGGGCUGAGGAUGGGCUACCCACGACAGCCCACCGGGUCACUCCGGAAAUCCCAGACUCAAGCAAUGAAGCUCCGGAUCCAGGAGUACAAGGAGCCAGUGAGGUCGAACAAGGAACAACCAGAGAAGCCUGUGCGCCUCCCGCCUAUCAAGGAGUUCCAGCGAGAGUUCCGGGCUGGUAAGGAGCGAACUACUUCUUCGUCUUCCACGCGGAUUAGAUGUGCCCAGAAGAUUGUCACACAAUUAGAGACAACACCACUGCUCAAAACUUCAACCACCACUACCACUAGCACCUCAACCAUAACCACAACCACAUACUUCCGAUCACCACUGAAACCUGCCAACAAAGAAGACAACAGAAAAGGAGAAAAGCGGAAAGAAGAGAAGAAAAAGGAUGAAAGGAAAGAAAAAGAUGAAAAUUUGGACAAUAAAAAUAAAGAGGAUAAACAGAAUAAAAAGUCUGAGAAGAAAGAAACCAAAACAGAGAAGAAGGAAGAGAAGAAAGAAAUGAAAACGGAAAAGAAGGACAGCAAAACUGACAAAAAAGAGAGUAAGAAAGAAGUGAAAACAGAGAAGAAAGAAAGCAAGAAAGAAGUCAAAGCUGAUAAGAAGAAAGAAAAAAAGGAUGCAAAAAUAGAUAAAAAGGAAAAGGAUUAGUUAGAAUUUAGCCUAUCAUUUACAGGAUAACAACAUGAUAAAGAGGGGAAUUUUGUGGAGAAACAGGCAUUGUUACUGUAAAUAUGUCAGUAGUGUUAGGUAACAAUUUCAUGUACAAAUUAUCAUUCCCAUUGUGCAUUGUCAUUUUUGUUUCUCAUAGCAUUUACAUACAUAAAGAAAUACACACACUUACAUACAGAAAGAUCAAAGGCACAGAUGGAAGUUGAACAUUUUGUGCAACAAUAACACCUUUAUUGCUUUAUUGCUUCAUGUUUUUAACUUCAUCAUGUCCAUUCUAAGACAUUACUAUGGAUGGAUAUGUUCCUUAUUCCAUUUUAAUUGCUGCAAACCUUUCAUAUCAACAAAUUCAGUGAUUUAAAUGCUAACAUGUUAUGUUUGAGUGAAGUUUUCUUGGCUGGAGCUACAGAUGAUGUCAUG